AUGCGAUUCGUUGAAAAUCUUUUUCGUUCGGAUAUUAAUCCGUCUAAUCACAAAUCUCGUACUCUUCCUUUACUAAACAUUAUCGAUAAGUAUGGCAGAACAUUUCAUUUGUCUUGGAUCGGAUUCUUUGUUGCAUUUUUAUCGUGGUUCGCCUUUCCACCUCUCAUUCAUGGUGUUAUUCAAGAAGAUCUUCAACUUACUCAUGCACAAGUUGCAAAUUCAAAUAUAAUGGGACUACUGGCAACUUUUCUGGUACGUUUCAUCGUCGGUCCUUUGUGUGAUCGGUAUGGUCCUCGGUAUGUCAUGAUUGGUUGUCUUCUCGGUGGGGCCAUUCCAACUGCUUUAACACCAUUUGUUACCAAUGCUUCCGAAUUAAUUGCAAUACGAUUCUUUGUCGGUAUUCUAGGAGGAACUUUUGUUCCAUGUCAAGUCUGGACAAGUCAAUUCUUCGACAAAAAUAUUAUUGGACUAGCAAAUGCUUUAACUGCAGGAUGGGGCAAUGCCGGAGGUGGUGUUACAUUUUUUCUCAUGCCAGCAGUUGUAUCUUCGCUCAUGAACAAUAAUGGCAUAAGUCAAUAUUGGGCAUGGCGUAUUGCUUUUCCAAUGUGUCCCCUAGUCAUCAUUAUUUGUGUUGCUACCAUUACUCUUUUCUUUGGACACGAUACUCCAAAUGGACCGUGGAGCAGUCGAAAUUUUCACCAAGAUCCUAAAACCGAUUGUACUCAAAUUCUUGAUGAAGCUGAGUUUCGUAUGAAUAAUGACGAAGGAAUUGGAAUGACUGAAGCAUCUUCUCACUUAAAAAAUGAAGACAUGAAAUUUAUCUCUGGUCCACAAACUGCAGCAAUGACUGACAUAUCAGAGGCACCUAAUCAAUCGACUAGUAGUCGAACUGUUGCGGUUAAUGACGAAUUUCUUCGAGCACCAUCAGCUGUAGAUGUAUUGAAAAUCGUCUUUUCAUCGCGCACUCUAUUAGUUGCACUUCCUUAUUUGUGUUCAUUUGGUUCUGAACUUUCUGUCGAAGGAAUUAUUUCUGAUUUUUAUAUUCAAACAACUAAAAUUCAAGAUGGUAUUGUUUGGAAUUCCCAAACAGCUGGAAGUUGGGCUGCUAUAUUUGGACUCCUGAAUAUUGUUACUAGACCUUUGGGAGGAUAUAUAUCUGAUGUACUCUAUCAACAUAAAGGACUUACUGCAAAGAAAUGGUGGCUAAUCUUUCUUGGAGUUGUACAAGGUGUCUUCUUUAUGUGGAUCGGAUUCGCAAAGUUCAAGAUUUAUCAUUUGAUUGUACUCAUGACAGGUCUAGCGAUUUUCAUGGAGGCAGCAAAUGGAGCCAUUUUUUCUUUGGUUCCUGCUAUUCAUCCAAAGUUUACUGGCAUUGUUUCAGGUGUCACUGGAGCAUCUGGCAACGUUGGCGGAAUUUUAUUCAGCUUAGCUUUUCGAUUUCUCGGAACUGAUUAUCAGACAGCUUCAUGGAUUAUUGGAAUCAUCUGUUUAGGUUCAAAUCUGGCAGUUACCUGCAUACCACUACAAUAA